GAUCUAGGAAUCCAAAUAGUUCAGGAAGGCUUGUCUGGAAGCCAGCACACAUUCCCCAGGAGGCUGCCUCCUUUAUAGGUCCCUGGUUCCCCUCCAAGACCUCGAGGUUUUGGCAGCUCUGCAGGACGAGGACAUGGCCAGGGGCCCUGACAGCGCGCGGAGGUGGGCGACCCUGGUGGUGCUGGCCACCCUGGGCACGGCUGUGACAACGACUACCAACCCCGGCAUCGUGGCCAGGGUCACCCAGAAGGGCCUGGACUACGCCUGCCAGCAGGGAGUGGUUACUCUGCAGAAGGAGUUGGAGAAGAUCACAAUUCCCACUUUUUCAGGAAGCUUUAAGAUAAAAUACCUCGGGAAAGGGCAAUACUGCUUCUCCAGCAUGGUUAUUCAAGGAUUCAGUCUUCCCAAUUCCCAGAUAAGACCGUCGCCAGGUGAGGGCCUUGAUCUCGCUAUCAGAGAUGCCAGUAUCAACAUCAGAGGAAAGUGGAAGGCACGAAAGAACUUCAUCAAACUCAGCGGCAAGUUUGACCUGAGUGUGGAAGGCAUCUCUAUUUUGGCGGGUCUGAAGCUGGGCUAUGACCCUGACUCGGGCCACUCCACAGUCACCUGCUCCAACUGCAGCAGUCACAUCAACACCGUCCGCAUACGCAUCUCUGGCAGCAGGCUGGGGUGGCUGAUCCAACUCUUCCACAAAAGAAUCGAGUCUUCGCUCCAAAACGCCAUGACCAGCAAGAUCUGCGAGGUGGUGACUAGUACUGUGUCCUCCAAGCUGCAGCCUUACUUUGAGACACUGCCAGUGACAACCAAACUAGACAAAGUGGCUGGGGUCGAUUACUCGCUGGUAGCCCCUCCAAGAGCCACAACCGAUAACCUGGAUGGGCUGCUGAAGGGGGAGUUUUUCAGUCUGGCCCACCGCAGCCCCCCGCCCUUUGCCCCCCCACCGAUGGCCUUUCCCGCUGACCACGACCGCAUGGUGUACCUGGGCAUCUCUGAGUAUUUUUUCAACACGGCCGGGUUCGUGUAUCAGGAGGCUGGAGCCCUGAAUCUGACCCUCAGAGACGACAUGAUUCCAAAGGAAUCCAAGUUCCGCCUGACAACCAAAUUCUUUGGAACCCUGAUACCCCAGGUGGCCAAGAUGUUCCCUGACAUGCAGAUGCAGCUCUUCAUCUGGGCCUCUUUGCCUCCGAAACUCACCGUGAACGCCAGCGGCCUUGACCUCAUCUUUGUCCUGGACACCCAGGCCUUUGCCAUCCUCCCAAACUCCUCCUUGGAUCCCCUCUUCCAGCUUGAAAUGAACUUGAACCUUUCUGUGCAUCUUGGUGCCAAGUCCGACAGACUGAUUGGAGAGCUCAGAUUGGACAAGCUGCUCCUGGAACUGAAGCACUCAGACAUCGGCCCCUUCUCGGUUGAGUUGCUGCAGUCUGUCAUGAACUACGUCAUGCCCACCAUUGUGCUUCCGGCGAUUAACAGGAAGCUGCAGAAAGGAUUCCCUCUCCCGCUGCCCGCCUACAUCGAGCUCUACAACCUGGUCCUUCAGCCUUACCAGCAUGGAGUCUCAGCCACUGGGCCACCAAAGAAGUUCCUCCCUGGUCACUUUCAUCAGCAGAAGCAUAACAGUCACCUCAGUGUGACCCGGCCGAGGUUCCAGUCUCUUUCAUGUGCCCAAAGGAUACAUGCUGGCUACCUCAGUGUCUCCACUCUAAAGCUCCUUAGACCCACUAUGUCCCAAAGAGCUGAUAACUCUACAAGGAAGCCAUCACCCACUCUUGCAUUCCUUACCUCGGUCCAGGGCUUUCUGACGACCCUCAUGGGAAACCCCCACCCAGAUUCCUCGCUCUCCCUCACCUCCAACAUCCAGUCCAUCAGUCCCCAAUUCUUUUGCCCUAACAGGAGAACUCCCAAGACUAAGAGACAAUAGAGAAGUUAAUUGAGUGAGCAGAGGAAACACAUCCCCCACAUCUAACCCAGUUCAUCCUUAAAAUAAAAAAUGACCCCCUGGGCACAAUUGAAUUCCUUCCUUUCUGAACAUUCUUGAGUGAAGGGCAGGAAGGAGCAAGAGAGAAGUGGUUUUGCAGCCUUGAUGGCAAAGAGGGCUCCCUGGAGCUGCCAAGAGGCAGGGAUGACAAAUGAAGGCCUUCACGGCGGCCCGGGGGUCUCCACGUCUGAGCGGAAAACAGCUGCCAGGAAAACUGCUGACAGAUUCCCGGGCAUGGGCAGCCGCUGAUGUGCAGACCGUAGGGGCAGGAUGCCAGCCCCCUGCCCCCCACUCACUCCUGCCUUUCUGUCAGCAGAAAGGUUCUCUGUUUCCCAGCAGGCAAGCUCCCAAAGUUUUCUUCUAAAAACCGCUGCAUUCCCACCCUCACAAACAAGGGGUACUCUUCCGGCGGAUGACGGCGUUCUCAUCUCU